AUGGUAAUUGAUUUCCUUACAGACAAUAUAUUGACCAGAUUUGGAUGUCCAGAGAGGAUAGUCUAUGAAAAUGCAAUGAGUUUUAGGUUAGAAGAAUAUGAAGACUUCUGCAAUAAAUAUGGUAUCCAGAUUUCUUAUUCAUCAUGUUACCACCCACAAGGAAAAGGGCAAGUUGAAUCUAGUAACAAAAGUUUGAUGAAGAUUAUUAAACGAAUCCUUGAAAAGAAUAAAAGGGCUUGGGAUUCAAAGCUAAGAUUAGCUAUUUUGGUAGACAAUGUAACAAUCAAGAAAGCAAUUAGAUGUGCACCUUUUGAUUUUGUGUAUGGUAUACAUGCAUGGUUACCCCAAAAUAAUCUGAUGGAGAUGUAUAAAUUUGUCCAAACUUAUAAUAAUAAUAUUGAUGAUGAUAUGCAGUUGAGAAUUGAGGCUUUAAUGGAAUUAGAUGAAGCUAGAAGAGAAGCAAGUACUAGAAAAACAAAGUUACAGAUGCAGGUUAAAAACCUAUAUGACAAAAGAACAACUGCAAGGAUUUUUCAGGUUAAUGAUUUGGUUCUGAUGUGGAAUGGAAGAAUAGAAGACAAAGGAAAACAUGGAAUGUUUGAUGCCAUUUGGAUGGGCCCAUAUCUAAUUCGAAUAAAAUGGGGAGAAGAUUCUUAUAUUCUCCAGGAUAUACAUGGUGAUACUCUUGAAUUGCCUAUUAAUGGACAAUUCUUGAAGCUCUACUAUUCUUGA